UUGCCAGGGCAGAGCUUUGAUGCAGGGCUCUCUAACCACCAGCUGUUUGCAGUUCAUCAGGUGGCAGAGCGUGUGGAGGCGCUGGGCCAGUUUGUGAUGAAGACCAGGAGGACCCUGAAAGGCCACGGAAAUAAAGUUCUCUGUAUGGACUGGUGUAAAGACAAGAGAAGAAUUGUGAGCUCUUCCCAGGAUGGAAAGGUGAUCGUGUGGGAUUCCUUCACUACCAACAAGGAGCAUGCAGUGACGAUGCCGUGUACCUGGGUGAUGGCGUGUGCAUAUGCCCCGUCAGGAUGUGCCAUUGCUUGUGGUGGCCUGGACAACAAGUGUUCUGUGUACCCUCUGACAUUUGACAAAAAUGAAAACAUGGCUGCAAAGAAGAAAUCGGUUGCAAUGCACACAAACUACUUGUCUGCCUGCAGCUUCACUAACUCAGACAUGCAGAUCCUGACAGCAAGUGGAGAUGGAACUUGUGCUCUCUGGGAUGUCGAGAGCGGGCAGCUUCUGCAGAGUUUCCAUGGUCAUGGAGCUGAUGUCCUGUGCCUGGACCUAGCCCCUUCUGAAACGGGAAAUACAUUUGUCUCUGGGGGAUGUGACAAGAAAGCCAUGGUUUGGGAUAUGCGGUCUGGUCAGUGCAUCCAGUCAUUUGAAACCCACGAUUCAGAUAUCAACAGUGUCAGAUAUUACCCAAGUGGAGAUGCUUUUGCCUCUGGUUCAGACGAUGCUACGUGUCGUUUAUAUGACCUUCGUGCUGACAGAGAAGUAGCAAUUUAUUCCAAAGAGAGCAUCAUUUUUGGAGCAUCCAGUGUGGACUUCUCUCUCAGUGGUCGCCUACUGUUUGCAGGCUAUAAUGAUUACACCAUAAAUGUCUGGGAUGUGCUGAAAGGGUCCCGUGUAUCCAUUCUGUUUGGACAUGAAAAUCGCGUCAGCACCUUGCGGGUCUCUCCUGAUGGGACGGCAUUCUGCUCGGGCUCCUGGGACCACACUCUCCGAAUCUGGGCUUAACCUGAUAUCCUGUAUGCAGAAUCAAAUGAAGACUGAUACCCUGGACUACAAAAACUGCAUAGAAAAAUGUCACCCCGCAAAAUCAAGUAUUUGCUACGCUACAAAGGAGUGACACAGAUUAACGCAACUAGGUAGAAAAUGUAAUCUGCUUGAACACAUAGCAAACAUCAACUUGUAGUUAAAUGAGAUGUUUUUAAUUCUGUUUUGAAACUAUCUUCUUUUAUUAGAACUAGUUUAGAUAAUUGUAAAGGGACUUUUCUCUUAAGUCACCUGUAUCAUAGAAUCGAGUAUUUCGGUGCACAUUAUGUAUUUCUUUGCAUGAAUUUAAUUCCUUUUUAAAGUAGGGGGGGGGGGGGGGUUCCUGAUUUUAUCAGGAUGUAGCCUAAGACUUUGGAAACAUUCCAUAGUAGUGCAUUGAAUUUUAGUGUUGAAAAGUGGAAAGAAAAACAAUUCUGAUACUUUAUGAUGGCAUUAUGGAUGACUGAACC